CCGACAGACCCGAAAAUGGACGACGAAAGCGAUGACAAGGAUGAUACGAAAAGAAAAUCGCGCAAUCUCAGCGAAAAGAAGCGGCGGGAUCAGUUCAACUCGCUGGUCAACGAUCUGAGCGCCUUGAUAUCCACCUCCAGCAGAAAGAUGGACAAGUCCACGGUCCUAAAGUCCACGAUAGCUUUCCUGAAGAAUCAUAAUGAGGCCACCGAUCGCUCGAAGGUUUUCGAAAUACAUCAAGACUGGAAGCCCACCUUUCUGAGCAACGAUGAGUACACCCACCUGAUGCUCGAGUCUUUGGAUGGUUUCAUGAUGGUCUUCAGCAGCAUGGGCUCCAUAUUCUAUGCCUCGGAAAGUAUUACCUCUCAGCUGGGUUACCUGCCGCAAGAUCUGUACAACAUGACCAUUUAUGACCUGGCCUACGAAAUGGACCACGAGGCACUGCUAAACAUCUUUAUGAAUCCCACGCCGGUUAUCGAGCCCAGACAGACGGAUAUUAGUUCCAGCAACCAGAUCACAUUCUACACCCAUUUGAGAAGGGGUGGAAUGGAGAAAGUGGAUGCCAAUGCCUACGAACUGGUCAAAUUUGUGGGUUACUUUCGUAAUGAUACCAAUACCUCCACGGGUUGCAGUUCGGAGGGUACGAACGGAGGCUCCAAUGGACAGCCCGCGGUGCUGCCGCGCAUCUUCCAGCAGAAUCCCAGUGCCGAGGUGGACAAGAAGCUGGUUUUCGUGGGCACCGGUCGCGUCCAGAAUCCCCAAUUGAUCCGCGAAAUGAGCAUCAUCGAUCCCACCAGUAACGAAUUCACCUCGAAGCACAGCAUGGAGUGGAAGUUCCUGUUCUUGGACCACCGGGCGCCCCCGAUUAUUGGUUACAUGCCGUUCGAGGUUCUGGGCACAUCUGGCUACGAUUACUACCACUUCGAUGAUUUGGACAGCAUUGUGUCGUGCCACGAGGAGCUUCGUCAGACGGGCGAGGGCAAAUCCUGCUACUACCGAUUCCUCACCAAGGGCCAGCAAUGGAUCUGGCUGCAAACGGACUACUAUGUGAGCUACCAUCAGUUCAACUCUAAGCCGGACUAUGUGGUCUGCACUCACAAGGUGGUCAGCUAUGCGGAGGUCCUCAAGGAGAGUCGAAAGGAGUGUCACAAAUCGGGAAACAGCAUCAGUAGCAACAACAACAAUGGAACCAGCAAGGCAAUCGCCUCCACGGCAAACAGCAGCCAAUCCGCAUCUGCCACCACCACUCUAAGGGAUUUCGAGCUGAGCAGCCAGAAUCUGGAUAGCACUUUGCUGGGGACCAGCCUGGCUAAUCUGGGAAACGAAACGACGGCCACAUCGCCCGCCGUCGACUCAUCGCCCAUGUGGUCCGCAUCGGCUGCUCAGCCCUCUGGUUCCUGCCAUAUUAGUUCUCUAAAGACAUCGCGACCCGCCUCGAGCUACGGAAACAUCAGUUCAACGGGCAUAUCACCGAAAGCCAAGCGGAAGUGUUACUUCUACAACAAUCGGGGCAAUGACUCGGAUUCCACGUCCAUUUCCGCGGAUUCUGUCACCAGCCGGCAGUCCAUGAUGACCCACGUUAGUUCGCAAAGCCAAAGACAACGAUCGCAUCACCGUGAACACCCCCGCGAGCACCAUCACAGUCAGUCGCAUCAUCACCUGCAGCAACAGCAACAGAGCCAGCAGCAGCAACAUCAGCAUCAGCAGCAACAGCAGCAGCUGCAACAGCAAUUGCAGCAUACGGUGGGUGCUCCGAAAAUGGUGCCCCUGCUGCCGAUUGCAUCCACGCAGAUCAUGGCCGGCAAUGCCUGUCAGUUUCCCCAGCCCGCCUAUCCACUGGCCAGUCCCCAAUUGGUGGCACCCACUUUUCUGGAGCCACCGCAAUAUCUGACCGCCAUACCCAUGCAACCGGUGAUCGCUCCGUUUCCGGUGGCGCCAGUGUUGUCGCCACUUCCGGUGCAGGCACAGCAGGAUCUGCUGCCCGACACCGUGGUGAUGACGCCCACGCAGAGCCAGCUGCAGGAUCAGCUGCAGCGGAAGCACGACGAGCUGCAAAAGCUGAUCCUGCAGCAGCAGAACGAGCUGAGGAUCGUCUCGGAGCAACUGCUCCUCUCCCGCUACACAUACCUGCAGCCCAUGAUGUCGAUGGGCUUCGCACCGGGCAACAUGGCAGCCGCAGCCGUGGGAACCAUGGCCGGGGGUCAGCGGGGUCUCAACUUCACCGGCAGCAAUGCAGUGCAGCCGCAGUUCAAUCAGUAUGGAUUCGCCUUGAACUCGGAGCAGAUGUUGAACCAACAGGACCAGCAGAUGAUGAUGCAGCAGCAGCAGAAUCUGCACACGCAGCACCAACACAACUUGCAGCAACAGCAUCAGAGUCACACACAACUGCAGCAACAUAAUCAGCAACAGCAGCAGCAACAGCAACAACAGCAGCAACAGCAGCAACAGCAGCAACAACAGCAGCAACAGCAGCAACAGCAACAGCAGCAGCAGCAACAGCAACAGCAGCAACAGUUGCAACUGCAGCAACAAAAUGAUAUUUUACUACGUGAGGAUAUCGACGAUAUAGAUGCCUUCCUCAAUCUGUCACCCCUGCAAUCCCUGGGCUCGCAGUCCACCAUAAAUCCCUUCAACUCCAGCAGCAAUAACAACAAUCAAAGCUUUAACGCUGGCAGCACUCUGAACAAUGGCAACCAGAACAACAACAAUGGCAGUACGAAUCCACCGCAAAAUAACAACGAGGACUCGCUGUUGUCCUACAUGCAAAUGGCCACCGAAUCGAGUCCCUCGAUCAACUUUCACAUGGGCAUCAGCGAUGAUGGCUCCGAAUCGCAGAGCGAGGACAACAAAAUGAUGCACAGUUCCAGCAGCACGCAAAUGCAGCAGCAGCAGCAGCAACAGCAACAGCAGCAACAACAGCAGCAACAGCAGCAACAGCAGCAACAGCAGCAACAGCAGCAGCAACAGCAGCAGCAAAUCCUGCACCAGCAUCAACAGCAGUCAAACAACUUUUUCUGUGCGAAUCCUUUUCUUAGCAACAGUCAGAAUCAGAGCCAAAACCAGUUGCCAAACGAUCUGGAAAUAUUGCCCUACCAGAUGUCCCAAGAGCAAUCGCAGAAUCUAUUCAACUCGCCCCACACAGCCCCAGGCAGCAGUCAAUAGGGGAUCCCCGAUGUAAAUAACUCCAUCGAUUGUAAGAAUUUAGAUGAGUGUUAUGCUAGUUUGGCCUCUGGCUCUCAUGAUCGAACCAUCUUUAUUGGAAACCCAGAACUAGUUGUAGAUCUCGACAGACUGAGUAUUUGUCCUCCCCUUUAUUCGUGAAUUGUAUAUAGACUAACGCAUAGUAGAGUUCUCAAAAUAUUUCACUGUAGGUAGAUUCUAAGCUGUUGUUAUAAAAUGUUUCGUUUGUAAGCUUAAGUUUCCAUAAGUUAGCUUUAUCCAGUAAGUGCCAUCGAGGCGCAAACAGGGAUCUCUGAUACGUAAUCGAACCUUAAAGCCUAACCCUUAGCUGUUGGUAAUUAAAUUUACCGAGAAGCGACAACUAACAGCGAACGAGUUGAGCAAAACUAAUCCAAUUCCAUAUUAUUUUCAAGACUGGGCUUCGCCACUGAGGUCAAAUAAAAUAUUUAUAUAGGAUAGGUAUUUGUACAAUUCAAAACUCAGGUUGAGAUUGCAACUGACAUUUAUUUUUGCUGUGAACAUAUUCCCAUAAGCUAUCUUCAGGCCCGAUCUUUUCCGACAGUUGAAAUACCAUUAGUUCAAUCUUUGUUACCCCUGUGUUCCCUGUAUUACUAUUUUUCUGUUGGAAAACUUCGUUCGAAUAUGUUUCGAUCUGCAGCUGAUAAAGAGCCAAAUGCUUUAAACUAAGAACUUGUAAAUGGAAACAAACUAUCUUAAACUCAACUAAAACUACCUUAAUAAUUCUAGUUAACUCAGUGUUUAAGCUCUGUACAUACCUAUAGGACAAGUCGGACGAACUUGCUUAAGCCUGUAAAUACACAUACGAAGAUAAUAAUCUGCAACUAAAUUGUACAUAACUUAGUGUUUAUAUGUUUUUCAAAACAAGCUCCCAAAAAACAAACUGAACAAGCUAAUCAAAUCAAAAAAAAAAAAAGUAUCGAACCAAACUGAGUUGUAAUAAAGCAAAGAAAAACAGUUACAAAAGACGACUAAAUUUAA